CGUGUGCGCCUCCCGGCCCGCGGCGGCCCCUCCGCAGCAGCGCCCCGCAGCCGAGGGGAGGGGAAGGCCUGGCGGCCGCCGCUCCGCAGCCCGCCCUUCCCCGCGGGACUGCCCGGGGCUGCGCCGCCUUUGUCGGCGCCCCGCGGAGGCGUUCUGGGAAGGAGGACCAGAGACCCCUGAAAUGCAGCCUUGAUUGCACGGUCCUGCCUGAUAGCGCGGUGCGCUAAACUCGGCUCACCGGGUGUAUCUAUUUGGCCCCUGAAAAUGCCUAGAAAAAUAGAUGACUCCAAAUUAUUCAAGCGCAAUUAAGGCCACAAAAGAAAAGACACCUGAAUUGACUCUGUGUAAGGCAGAUGGGGUUCAGUCAGGCUCAGCGGCAGAGAUAUGCACUGUCUGAGAAUUACUGCAAUUUCACAUGAAGGUCCAAGCGUGUCGAAAGGCUCUUGUCUGAUCCUAUUUGGGUCCCACAAGGAGCGCCGCUGAAGCAGAGCUAGUGGCCCAGAAGAACUUGUCAGGAAGCAAGCGCCAAAUAGGUAGUAAAAUGGGCACAGCUAUGGGGGAACCCGUUUCAUGCUUCUUGGGCUUCUCAGCGACCUACGAGAACCAAGAAACACCAGAAGAGGAGACUGAAACUGCCUCUCUCUUGCUCAUUCUUCAGUGCCAGAUCACAUCAGGCUGUAAGAUACCUGAGGACUGUUUGUUUGCAGACUGCUGGAAGGCAGAGACGGAAUCACCUAUUGUAAAAACUCAAAAGAACAUGAAGAGAUCUUCUUGCCAUCAUCAAAAUCAUCAGCAAACAGGACAUGGAACAAUUAAACACUAUGAGCACCUGUCAGUCAAGAUAAAUGAAGAUAAACAGUUGUGACUACUGAAUUAAAAUCUCUGUAGGAGAGGAAUGGGAAAUGAUGCAGAACAGCAGUGGCAUUGGAAGAAAAGCAUGUUGAGAUGGACCUGAAGUGGAACCCUGACAGAGUUUCUCAUCCAGGCUCAUCUGAAGACCAGGAGACUGAUUUGAAUUGGCAAGGCAACCCAAAUCCCAGUCCGUUGAUUAAAGAUGAUGGAGAGCUGCUUAUGGAUGAACAUCUUUCCCCCAGGAAACUGAAAAUUUUGGCAGGGGUAGAUGAUCUGAAGCAAGUGAAGGCCCUAGAGAUGCGAGUAGACACCAGAGAGAUCAGCUUGGGGAACUUUGGUGUGCAUCUGCCUAAUCUGAGAGAACUGAAGUUGAACAAUAGCUUGCUUGCAUCUGUGAGGGAUCUUGGAACCUCGCUGUCUCAUCUCCAUGUCCUGUGGAUGGCUCGGUGUGGGCUCUCAGAUUUAGAUGGGAUCUCUUCCUGCAGCUCUCUAAAAGAACUCUACAUUGCUUAUAACAAUAUCUCUGACCUGAGCCAGCUGACCUGGCUGGAUCACCUUGAGGUUUUGGACCUGGAAGGGAACAAUAUUGAGGACAUCAACCAGCUGCAGUUCCUACGACUUUGUUGCAAACUAAGCCACCUGACAGUGGAGGGCAACCUUAUUUGCCUGAAGCCAACUGCAGAGUCUGCAGAGGACCCAGACUAUAAUUACAGAGCAGAAGUAAAAAAACUCAUUCCCCACUUGAAGUAUUUGGACAGAAUACGAGCAAGCCAGACUGCUCUCCCUCCUUCCAAGAAGAUGCAUGAGGAUUCUCUAAUCAUCAAGGAAUCCAUCAAGGAUGGUGGUUUAGCCAAAGACAUUUCAUGGUUAGAUUCGUAUCUUGGGGAAGUAGCAAAGCAGUCUGGAGGCAGCCCAAAAUCCCCAACAACAUCCAGACCUGGAAAUGCACAGUGUUCUGCUAGUGCAGGGACACAUAGUGAUGCCAGCCUGUUGUCCGGUAGCUGUUCUCUUCCAAAUCCCACUGUUUUUCCUGAUAAGCUGGUCACAGAAGAUGCCUCCAGUGAUUUGACACAUGGACUCUGUCAAGUUAUAUGUGGGAACCCCGCCAAGGCCCUCCACGAGAGGAGGCAAAAGCUAGGUCCACCUGCUGUGAGCCCUUUGAGACCAUCUGGUUUGAAGACAGAAAACCUUUGUGGCUCUGGAGGAGGAAGAGAUCUGCAUCAGGAGAAGGUGUCCCCUGACCUGGGAGCACAGACAGAGCAGCACAAGGGGUGCCUGCAAACAGGUCAGCAAGAACAAACCAGCCAAGCACUGAAGAUGAAUGAGGGUGAAGAUAAGGAUAAGGACCUCAUUGAAAGGACUUCACUUGACCCUUCUUCCCACUCCUCCCCAGGUUUGUCACAGGCUCAGGAGGGUGACGUGUUCUCCAACACAAAACGUUAUCUAAUUCCAACCCCUCCAAAAAACCGUUCACCUGCCUCUGCAGUGGAUGUUGCUGCAAGACCUUGGAAAACAAGGAACCACAGGAACCUAAAAAUACCCAGCCAAGAGGAGGACAGGCAGUGUACACAGCAAUCCCGGUCAAAGGCUCAUCAAGAGAAUUCAGCCCAGCCUCUGGACAAAGAACCUGCUCUCCUGGGCCUGCACAGCACGCUGGCUGCCUCUGGAUCCCAAGAGCAGCGCCAGUCCGUGGGCAGCACCAGCCAGCAAAGGCCCAUUCCAGGACCAGCAGCUGUUGGGUCAUCAAGGACCAGGACCAUCAUGGAUGAGAGCCCUUCUAAAGAGAUCAACCACCAGUAUCCAGCUGCCUGCUCAUCCACAAAAGCCUCACAGAGGUUUAGGCCAAUGAAUUCUGCUUGGCCACUGACUGCCAAGUCCAUUCUGCAGCCAUUGGCAGGCAAAUCCACUGCCACAAAAACAUCUCAGAACAGAAGUCUUCAGUCCUAGAAGAUACCCAGCUGCCAGCAUGUGUUGGAGCCAUGUACACAAUGCAGCCAUGAAGGAUCAAUGCUAUCUUGCAGCUUCUUCUGCAAGCUAAACAGAGCAGUUCAAACAAAUAACAUGAUUUGCCUCAAUUCAGAAUACAGCUGGACCAGAAAUAUUUUAAGAGCAACCACUGAACAACCAAUGAGCAAAAGAACUUAUUACAGAAAGAUGUGGUUAUUUUUGUAACCUAUACACACUAAAACAGAACAGAUCCUGUCAUACUUCCUCUCAUCCACACCAUGCCCAUCUGUGAGUCAGGCAGGGACACCAAACAAAGCAGAGCAUGGAGCCUGCUGUCUGUGGAGUGGGCUGGAGGAGGUGAGCUACCAGCAGCCAGCAGUGUGUCUUUUGCAGUCCUGGAUGUGAGGGCCAAAACCAAGGGCUUGAGAGGAAGUGUUGACCAGAGCAGGUUCUAAUGGAGGGGUGUGUUGCCUGAGGAAGAGCCUGGGAAGGCUGGAUGGUUUCAGAGUUUAUGCCCCCACAGGAGCUCACCCUAUUCACAGGCCUUGCAGGUUCUUGUGGGAUGCAUUGCUAUGGGAGCAAAUGCUGAACAAGUGGCUUAUCCCAAUAUUAAUGUUUGUUUGCUCCAUAGCUACUUGGAAGGAUUUGUCUCACUUCCUCUGAAUAGAAUUUCUCUAGCAGAGCUGAUUUCUGUCACCAGGUGUCAGAGCAUCCUCUGCAUGUGCCUUUCACCUCCAUCCCAUUUCUAGCAUUUUCAGAUGAAAUAAACUUACCAAUUUGUUCUAAUUGGAUAAUAUUAAGUGAUGGAGCAAACCAGGAAAGUAAGGGAAUAAUACUUUUUUUUUUCAAUAGGGCAUUUGCUUCAUGGCUAAGAUACAAAACAUCUCCUUAAUGACUGCAGUCUGUGAGAUGCUGUUCCAAAUGACUGUGCCUUACAACUUUAUUGAUGUUGCAGUCUGA